GUACAAUCGUUGAUGCUUGGCUCAGUUUAUCACUGAAGCUUUUAGAAUAUUCAGUCAGAGUUGAAGAUAUAAAAUAAAUAUUUUUACUGAUAUAAAGUGAAAAAUGCAGCAGAAACAGUUGGCGAUAUUACUACUUGGUAUGAGUGCCCUCAUAGGACUGUAUUUUGAUCUGAAUUGGAACGGAGUAUUUUGUAAAGAGGAAAUGGUGAAUCCUAUAAGAUCUUUGGACAUUUCAAUUUCAGGUUCCGGAAUCGGAAUUGAGAUAGAAAUUAUUAAUUCUACAUUCCCACCGGAGUUGAACACUGCGGUAUACAUUGACAGAGCUGUAUGUAUUAGAAUGACGAAAGGACAUCCAACCAUUGGAGACGAUAGUUUUCCCGCCACUACCGUUAUCAAAAUCAGAACGAAAAACACGCAGUCGGAUAUCAUGGAUAUCACGAAUUACUGGACUCGCUUUGAGGCUUAUUUCUACAUUUGCACUAGUCCACAGGUAGCUGAUUUUUUCUUCCACCGAGUGGAGCAAAUUCAUUCGGUUAGUGAACAACGAGUGUCGAAGGCCACCUUGUUUGAUCAAAGGUUGGAAGCUGAACGGGUGGAAAUCCUAUCAGGUGAAAACAAGGGUAAAAGUACAGUCAAAAUAAGAGUGGUAACUUACAGAAACUAUAACGAUUGGAACGCAGAAAGAAUGUUCAGUGGUGCUGUGAAAAUUGUAACACUCUAAGGAAGUUUAUUCUGAAGAGUAUAUUCUUUCAUUUAUGAAGUAGAUUGUCUCUUAUCUUCCUUGUUUUUAAAAGUUUUGUUUCGAUGGUUUUUAAUUUCUGUAUUGCAAUACACGUUUAUAAAAUUGUUGUAUAGUUUAGAUAUUGGUUGUGUAGUUGUAUUACAUUGUAGUUCAUGUAAAAUGUGAUUUUAAAACCUUCUAUCAAAUGUGAGCAUUCUAGAAAUAAUUCAAGAACCAAUAAAAAUUAAGUUUUCACGA